UUUCUAGCACAAACAAAAAACCUUCACCUUCUAUUAUCUUCUCAUAUUAAUACCUUUUUCUCCCAUCCAUCCAUCCUUUCAUUUUUCCAAUCUAUAUCUAUAUAUAUAUAUAUAUAUCCCAUCUUAUUUUUAAUUGUUUGCUUAUUGAAAUGGAACUAAUGAAUAUGGUAUCCAUGGUUUCUCGAAGUGGCCGUCAGUUGCAGCGUUAUAAUCACGGUCAACGCCAAGUUGUUGGAUGUAUACCAUACAGAAUAGUUAAUAUGGGGCCAGACAGGAACAUAGAGGAUGCAUUAGAAGUUCUUGUCAUUAGUGCACAAAGAAAAGGCAAAGGAAUGUUAUUUCCCAAGGGAGGAUGGGAAUCUGAUGAAUCGAUCAAAGAAGCUGCUCUUAGAGAAUCCUUAGAGGAAGCUGGAGUCUUUGGAAUAGUUGAGGGCGUAUUGGGUAAAUGGUGCUUCAAGAGCAAAGGCAAUGAUGGAUAUUAUGAAGGGCAUAUGUUUCCGUUACUUGUCAAGGAGCAACUAGACUUUUGGCCCGAGAAAAACAUUCGUCAAAGAGUUUGGGUGAGUGUACCAAAAGCUAAGGAAGUGUGCCAAUAUUCUUGGAUGAAAGAAGCCUUGGAUCUAUUAGUAACAAGACUUGAGUCAGCUCCUUCAAGUAACUUGUAAACAUCCACCUCUCUAUGUGCAGUUGGUGUGUGCGCCAUCACAUUUUGAUGAUUACUCAUAUAUUGUCAUGGAUAAGAUGUCUCUUUACCCUCGGGUAGUGGCGGUUAUAUCUCGUUUUUUAUGGGAUUGAGCAUUGUUGUUAUCGUUGUUGUAAGCAACAUGGACGAAUGAGGUCUCUCUUAAAUUGUUUCCUAGGAAGAUAUGAUCGAUCUUGAGCGAUGAGCCAGAUACUAAAGUUCUUCUUGAUGGUGUACCGGAAGUCGAUUUAUAAAGAAUAUUUGGGUGUUUUGGGAAGGCAAGCAUACACGUAUCCACACAUAUAUCGACCCAGAACUACAAUUUGUGGGUGAUGAAUCACUUCGAAGUUCGAAUGAACCAACUAAUUUUUGGGUGAUGAAUCACCACAAAAUUAUGGUUAAUUACUUGUAACAGCGACCUUGUGAUUGCAAAGAAGCAACAAAUUAGAAAUGGGAAUUGAAAGGAUAGAUCAUUUACAAAAAGUUUCUUUUCCUACAUGUUAUGGAAGUAUAUCAUUAAUUCUUUUGUUACAUUUGUACCAUCUAGAUUAUUAUAAUGGAAGUUAACCAUUCUUAAGGAAUA